AGAGACAUUCUGAAAGUGUCAGUCAAUUGUCAUUAAUAAUAAAUAUUACUCUAUUGUAUAUUGUUUAGUAAUAAAUUGAUCCGGAUAUUAAAUAACAAGGAUUUAACAAUAUCGCAUUUGUACUUUGUUUUUCACCGACAUGUUUGUAGAUUCGCUGCUGAGUGACUUGGAAAAAGCGACGGUGCAUUUGAAAAAAGAACCCGGCACCACAUCGGGCUGGAAAAUGACCACACCUGCCGACAUGUCUACCACCACAGCACCCAAACUCACCAAACAAUACGAUUAUUACAAUAACGACGAGCCACUCUAUCAGAAUGAGAUACUGGACCGGCGGACGGGUCCCAAAUCGCCAGUGACAACGAACGGUAACUCUGGAUAUUAUGGUAGAGACCGAAGCGAUUCAACGCAAGUCAAUCAACUGAUCCAUAAUCUCGAGCAUAAUCUCCAUAAUCCUCAUAGUCCAACACAUGUACAUCACGUGCACACGAGUCCGCCGGCCAGCCGACGACCGGCGGCCACCACUCCAACCACCCCUAAACAGGUGCACAUCGUCGCCGACCCGAUCGGUCACCGGCCAUAUCAGGCCAGGAUUACCGACACAGACGCCGGACUAUUGAUCGAGUCGUAUAAACCCAGGUGUCAGACAACACCCGGCGCUGGUAAUGAUCUACACCACCAACACUACCAACACCAUCAGCCCCAACCCCAACGCGGUAUAUUGAGUUCGCCCAAACACGCCUCCCAGGGCAACGCCCCGGCGGGUGGGGGCCAGGGAUCCGCCUCUAACGCCACGCAAGAGCUCGACGACCUCAUGGCCUCCCUCUCGGACUUUAAGAUGAAGGACAGACCGGUCGGUAGCGGCGAUUACGGCAAAGUGGCGCCACUGACUCCGGGCGGCCACCAAUUGGACAGUAUUAUCGGUUCGCUGCAGUCAGACAUGUCGCGUCACGGCGUGGACACCGCCGCCAAAGGCCACUGCAACGCGUGUCACAAACCCAUUGUGGGCCAAGUGGUGACGGCGUUGGGCAAAACGUGGCACCCGGAGCAUUUCACCUGUCUCAGUUGCGGCGCCGAGUUGGGCACCAAGAACUUCUUCGAGCGAGAUGGUCACCCCUAUUGCGAAACCGAUUACCAUAAGCUAUUCUCUCCCAAAUGUGCAUAUUGUAGCGCAUCCAUACUCGAUAAAUGCAUCACGGCGCUGGACAGGACAUGGCACCCUGAGCACUUUUUCUGCGCCCAUUGUGGUAAAAACUUUGGCGACGACGGCUACCACGAAAAGGACGGCAAACCCUACUGUCGGUCGGAUUACUUUGAUUUGUUUGCGCCGAAGUGCGGCGGCUGUAAUACCGCCAUCACCGACAACUACAUAUCGGCGCUCAGCACCCAAUGGCAUCCCGAGUGCUUUGUCUGCCGCGACUGUCGGUCGCCAUUCAACGGGGGCUCAUUCUUCGACCACGAGGGACAGCCCUAUUGCGAGACCCACUAUCACGCCAAACGUGGCUCCCUAUGCGCCGGGUGUCACAAACCAAUCACCGGCCGUUGCAUCACCGCCAUGUACCGCAAAUACCACCCGGAGCAUUUUGUGUGCUCGUUCUGUCUCAAACAGCUCAAUAAGGGCACAUUCAAAGAGCAAAACGACAAACCCUAUUGUCAUAAUUGUUUUGACAAAUUGUUUGCGUAGAUUAUUAUCAUGUUUGAUAAUUGUAUGACAAUUACCCUAUUGUUUAGUUGUAAACACCUAAUACCUAUAGAAAUACACACACAGAAUAUCACACACAUUAAUAAUUAAUA